CUUGACUACACAUCUAUUCCUUUCCUUAAUAUUAUACCUUAAAGACACAAUGAUCAAACAAACUUACGAUCGUCUAUCUCCAACCUGGCAUACAAUAUCAGCAACAUUGGAGGCCUUCCCUAGAAGCACCAAGCGAUCCCACGACGAUGUGGAUAUCGACGACGAGGACGAACUCAUUACACCAAAACGUACAAAAGUCGUCCUCAUUACACCCGAGUCUCUCAUUUUACAACUGCACAAAUGUCCCUCAUGCCAAUCGAAUCUUGAUCGGCCAACAACUUUACCAUGUGGCUACACUGUCUGCCAUACCUGCGCUACAGCUUCGAUCCGAAAAUGCGUAUCCACAGACUGCACACGCUCCCAUACCGCUCCUUCCCUUAUUAACGUUACCCUCAAACAAAUGCAGGCCAGCAUACUUACAUUAACAUUAACUCUUGAUGAGUUGCGGUCGAAUCUGGAAAGUGAAAUGGAAUGUAUUAUCUGCUGCAAUCAAUUCAGUCAACCCGCAACUACUUCUUGCGGCCACACUUUUUGUCAUGGCUGUCUGGUCCGCUCUCUCGACCAUCAGCGUGCCUGUCCAGUCUGCAGAGAACCCAUAGCAUCUGCACCGCCUGUCACUAAAAUCCUUUGUGACUGGGUUUAUCUGCUUUAUAGCGACACCAGUCACGAAGACGUUCUGAUGGAAGACGACAGCAACUUGAUCCCCAUCCUUGCAGGCGCCCUUGCCUUUCCCCACAAUCGGUGUGUGAUACAUAUUUUUGAACCGCGGUACAAACUCAUGCUACGCCGAAUAAUGGAUUCACAGCGACGUAGAUUCGCCAUGUGCCUCAGUCGACGCAGAAAACCUAACGUGUCGAGUGCAACACAGGCCCCAUUCUUUGAAUACGGCACAAUGCUCGAACUCACACAUGUACAGACUCUUCCUGACGGACGCUCGGUCGUAGAAGCCAUCGGAUCCCAUCGGUUUCGAGUCUUGAGCCAUGAGCUGGUCGAUGGCUACCAUGUUGGAAAAGUAGAACGUGUAGAUGACAUUGAUGCCGAACAAGAGCAGGCCAAAGAACGGCGUCAGAUCAUGACCGCAGGAGCAAUGCGGGCACGUCAGCAAAGAGAAACACAAUUGAAACAACAAAGAGAAGCCCAAUUGCUUCAGCAGCAGCAGUUACAGCAACAAAUGCAAGAACAUCAAGCAUCCCUACAACAACCACAACCAGAACAACCUCAACCACUACCUCAAUCACAAGCACCAAUACAACCUACCGCACCCCGCACUCCACAGCCAUACCGCCCUAAUAUUCCUCAACAACAACGCCCAAUGCCUUUUUCUCCAAUGGGACGACCAGCACCUAGAACAACAGUAGCGCCUCCCUCUGUUGGUGCUGCCCGCCCUUAUUCGCCAAUUGCUCGUCCCGGCCUACCCAACAGCAGGACUCCUCUUCACCAUCCUCAACAUCAGCAUUCUUCUGUUUCCGCUUCCGCUUCCGCCGCCGCUUCCGCCGCCGCUCCCAUUGUACGCCCCACGGUUUCUGCGAUGGGUAUCGGACAGCGCCAGUCAUGGGCUUCACGCGCUCACCCUCAGAUACAGACAACCUCCAAGGCACCGUGGCUCCAGAUGCAUCUCCAAGGCGUUACUGCAGCGCAGCCAAAGCCUCAGCGAGUGACCCCAACCCUGGUGGUUGUUCCGGCGGCCAUCUCCACAAAAUCAAAAGAAGAAGAAACGACCGAAGACUUGCUGGACCAGUUGGCGUCGUUUGUAGAAUCAUUACUAGAGCAUCAGCGCUCGACACCAAACGAUCGGUUCUCGCAAUGGCUGGCAGCUCUCGGGGACCCACCUGUUGGCAGAGGCCCCAACCGAGACCGGGUUGUGUUUACCUGGUGGGUGGCCAACAUGAUGCCUCUAGAUGAAGAAGAAAAGUCCAAGUUGCUGGCCAUGACUUCGGUGCGUGAACGAGUACUGACGAUCACUGAAUGGAUCGACAAGUUCAAGGACCAAUGGACCAUGCGGUUAAGCAAAGACCAGUCAUCGAUGGCAGGUACCGGGCAGGCCUCGUGUGCUAUUUCUUAAACAAACAAACAAAAAACAAAAGAAUUGUGUCUUCUGUCUUCUGUUUUCUGUUUUCUUCAUUCUCUCUUUCUCUUAUGUUACUCUCCUUUUCAUCUGUUCUAUCUAUGUCUAUGCAAUUUUGUCUUUUAUUUAUUUGUUUGUUUAUUUAUUUAUUUAACUACAUUUAACCUUUACCAUUACCGCUACCUUUACCCACCUCACCAUCACCAUCACCAUCUCAUACAUACAUAUACAUAUAUACUAUAUUAUACAAUAAUUCUUAAUAUCCUUACCUUUAUAUAGAUAGUUUCUAAUAUCAAUUGCUUCUUUUCUCCUCUCUUCUUUUCUUUUUGAUUUCCUCAUUUGAAUGAUACAAAGGAAAUCAAAAAAAAAAAAAAAAGAAACCAAAAAAUCAAAAGAGCGUUAUAAAUAAAAUAUAUCCCAUUGUACUUGUUAUUUACAAA